CACCGAUCGAUCUGACCCACACAGCCCAUCUUCGCCAUGCCCAGGCCAGUGCUCAAGCACGAGCAGCGGAAGGCGCUCAUAAUUGUGGCAUCCGUCCUCGGGAUCGGAGUCGCCCUGGCCAACGCCUCUGUCGUAUCACUCCUCGCCGCUUCUCCAGUCGAGGGCUUCUUCAGGAACUCCAAGAACUUCCUCAACGUCUGGUUUGUGAAGAAGGGCUGGUUUUGGACAAGCUUGCUGCUGCUGCUGUCCGUGGCACUCAACCACUUCAAUUCCAAAACCCGAGCUGCCUUCCGAGGCCUCGUUCGCUGGGUUUUGGCCACGCUCUGUUGGGCCACCAUGAGCCGCCUGAUGCACCAUUCCGAUAGACUCCUGGGGCAAUGCCGAAAUGCCUCCUUUGCGGACCCCUACUCCUGCAGAAAGGGCGAGUCUGUAUGGGACGGAAUCGAGAUAUCCGGCCACGCAUUCCUUCUCAGUUUUGCGUUCCUGUGCAUCGCUGAGGAAAGCAGUGCUCUCGAUGCCAUCUACAAGGAGGACGUGACAAUGAGCCACACGAUCUCUCGACAAACAUGGAGUCAGCCAGUCGCCAAGGUGCUCUCUGCGUUGAUGAUGCUCUUCCAACUCCUGUGGAUUGGCAUGCUGUUUGUGACGGGUCUGUACUUCCACAGCGCGAUGGAAAAGAUCUUCGGGCUCGCCUUUGGUGUCCUUUUCUGGCUGAGCGUGGUCGGCCUCGUCUCCUGCAUCCCGGAGAACUACAUCGACGCACCACUGGGCCAGGCUCAAGACAAAAAUGAAAUUGUAAACCAGCAGCAGGGCAUUUUCGGUGAUGCCGCCAAGGCGGCCGCUGGUAGCCCCCUGAACGACACUCAUAUGAGAUUACGAAAUCCAACCACACAUGGAACUGAACUCUAAUCAACCGAACCCGACCCGAGCAUGAGCAUGGCCAAGUAUUCCGGCGGGACGAGUUGAAUCCAGCACUUUGUGGAGGAUUCGAAAGCCGCAGCACAACACUCGCAAAGCGAAGCGGAGCACUCUGCGUCCAUAACUUCCUUUCGGGUGGAAAUACACAUAGAUAUCAUCUGCAGCGGUCGUUCAUUGCGCUCGAUAUGUGAAUGUGGCGAGCAGCACGAUCGCCGUGUGCGAGUCGAUCGAAGUGACUGAACAGCAGCCCGUCUGUUCUCAGAUGCAGACCUUCAAAGAAGCCGCAUUACAGUCAAUCCAAAAAAAAACGGGACACCCGUGAUUUUGACGAUUGAUCAAAUAUUUUGUUACCUAAUACAAUCGCGCGCUGGCC